CUGCUGCUGCAACGACCACAAGCUCGCGUUGCUGCUCACCUCUCGAUAGACACAACAGGCAAAGAGAUGGAUUUCAACGGAGGCCGAGCAAUCUCUCUGGCCGUGACGACGGCGGCGUGCCUCCUUUCCGCGGAGCCCGGCUCCGCCUUCAUCGCUCCCGCUGUGGUUACCUCGACCCGCGCCUCCACGGCCGCAUCUUCGACCCCCACCAUGGUUUCGGCGUCUCCCUCCAAGACUUUCGUCACCACCAAGUCGGAGGAGACCUUCGAAGAGGCUAAGGGAAUCAUGCCGGGAGGCGUGAGCUCUCCCGUGCGCGCGUUCAAGUCGGUGGGCGGAAACCCGAUAGUGUUCGAGCGCGUCAAGGGCGCCUACGCCUGGGAUGUGGACGGGAACAAGUACACCGACUACGUCGGCACGUGGGGGCCGGCCAUCGUUGGCCACGCUGACGACGAGGUUCUCGACGCCAUCAAGGAAACGCUCGAAAAGGGUACGUCUUUCGGCGCCCCCUCCUUGCACGAGAACACCCUCGCCAAGAUGGUCGUCGACGCCGUGCCGUCGGUGGACAUGGUCCGAUUCACCAACUCCGGCACGGAGGCGUGCAUGGGCAUGCUCCGGCUGGUCCGCGCCUUCACCAAGCGCGAGAAGAUCGUGAAGUUCGAUGGGUGCUACCACGGGCACGCCGACGGUUUCUUGGUGCAGGCUGGAUCCGGUGUCGCCACCCUCGGACUCCCCGACUCCCCCGGCGUACCCCAGGGGUCGACCCAGAACACGCUCGUCGCCACGUACAACGACCUCGAGAACGUGGAGGAGCUGAUCAAGGGCGGUGACGUGGCCGCCGUCAUCCUCGAGCCUGUCGUCGGCAACUCUGGCUUCAUCAAGCCCACCCCGGAGUUCCUCAAGGGAUGCCGCGAGCUGUGCACCAAGUACGGCGCUCUUUUGGUGUUCGACGAGGUCAUGACCGGCUUCCGCAUCGCCUACGGCGGCGCACAGGACUACUUUGGCGUCACCCCCGAUGUGACGACUAUGGGCAAGGUGAUCGGAGGUGGCCUUCCCGUUGGCGCUUACGGCGGUCGCAAGGAUAUCAUGGAGAUGGUGGCGCCGGCGGGCCCCAUGUACCAGGCGGGUACCCUCUCGGGCAAUCCCCUGGCCAUGACCGCGGGAAUCAAGACCCUUGAGAUCCUCCAGAGGCCCGGAUCCUACGAGAAGCUCGAGGCCUUGUCAAAGCGCAUGGUGGAGGGAAUCCUUGCCGCUGCCAAGGAGCACGGGCACGAGGCAACCGGCGGCUACAUCCGCGGCAUGUUCGGGUUCUUCUUCAACGAGGGCCCCGUCAACAACUUUGUAGACGCCUCCAAGUCUGACUCAGACAAGUUCGCACGGUGGCACCGUGGCAUGCUGGAGAAGGGCAUGUACCUUGCACCUUCCAUGUACGAGGCCGGGUUCAUGUCCCUAGCCCACACCGAGGAGGACGUAGACGCGACCAUCGCCGCGGCAAGGGAAGUCAUGGCCACCCUCUAAUCGUCCCUCGAGUCCCACAAUUUUUGAGAUAGGAGCGGUGUCAGCUAUCACCCGUCAGCCACAGAGUAGUGUGUUUCUUUUUUUUCCAGCCGCUUGUUGAGUGGGUAGUCGAAAGAGAUGCAUGUGUACUAACCCGCACCCCUAGUUUCGAGAUUGGUGGGGGAACCUUUGGUGACCGGGGUUUUGACUUCGGGCAGGAAGAGCACCACACGCACCCCCAUAACCUGUGAACGCUGCUGGGUUGUGCGGCGCCUGCGAGUUUAUUGGUUUUAAGCGCUGGCGUAGCAAGAAGUCAUCGAAAGCUUUAGGUGUUGGGCUAGGACCAUGUGCGCGCUAAGCCGUAAGUAGUGUAGAUUCGGCUAUUCGUUCACGGUUUGUCGAUUGCCUGGUUCGGUAGACUUGAUCGCCGCCAUCUGAAAGUUCCUGCUGUGCGAAGCCAAGUGCGUGCACUCGUUGGUUUAAGUUUGUUGCCGACCCCUUGUCGCUGAAUACGGCGCUUCCGUGCCCAUAGGAGGCGUUUGGGGUGAAGAUAUGGAAAUAUUGGUACACUCGUUGGUGAGGACAAAUUCGGAUGCGUGAAGACCGGGCAAUCGGCGUGAACGAAGACGACGCUGCAGGAGUGGAAACAUCCUGCCCUAGAUAGCAGGCAGGCGUGGUUUGCCUGUGUCGUCAUGUCUCUGUAGAUAGAUGCACUAGCUCGAAGACAUUGAUAAAUGACAGUUUUUGUUGUGCCAGGUUUCAGAGGACAAACCGCAUCAAGUUAUGAUGGCAUCGUCGCACUUGUUAGUGGUGGCGAUGGAAAAAAAAACACUUGAUCUGAUUGACGAAGUCCGAGGGUGCUCCACUCCGCCCAAUGGCGUUUUUCAUGGCGGUAUUCCAGCACGUUUCACUGGUCACCGUAGGAGGCAUCGGUUCACCU